GUGCGUAUUUUACUUCCUGUUUAACUUCAUGCCAAAUAGAAGAAGCUUCUGACAGUUAGCAUUCGGUUAGCUUUUAAUUGAGGCUAUACGAUCAGCGAACUCCUUUCUGGCGUCACUAUUUAAUGUGUGAUUGAAACAUGUCGCUCCAGGCCACGCUCCACCAGAGAAUAAGCUCCGCCCAGGUGCUGCUGCAGCGGGCAGAACAGCUCUGCGCCGGGGUGGAAGGCCACCAGAAGCUAUGUGGCAAGCUGCGAGCUGAGCUUCGCUUCCUGCGGAAAGUAGAGAAGGGUGAGCUGAAGGUCAAGGAGUCCCACCUCCACAGCACUAACCUGACCCACCUGACAGCCAUCGUAGACUCCGCCCAAAGUCUAGAGGACGUGGUGGCACUGCUGCAUGUCUUCACAUACCAGGACACCUCCGGCUGCCGCCGCACCCUGGUGGUAGAUGUGGUGGCCAAUGGGGGCCACACGUGGGUGAAGGCAGUGGGCAGAAAGGCAGAGGCUCUGCACAACAUCUGGCAGGGGCGGGGCCAGUACGGAGACAAGAGCAUCAUCCUGCAGGCGGAGGACUUCCUGCAGGCCAGCCGUCAGCAGCCCGUCCAAUACCGACACCCCCACAUUGUGUUUGCUUUCUACAACGGAGUGUCCAGCCCCAUGGCUGACCGGCUCAAAGAGAUGGGCGUGUCCGUCCGCGGAGACAUCGUGGCCGUCAACACCAUUGUGCUUGAGGAUCCUCGUGGAGAAGAAGAAGAAGAGGAGGAGGAGGAUGAGGAAGAAGACAUAGAGGAUGACAGCGAGGAAGAGGAGCAGGCAGAGCUGACACGGGUGGACCGCCACACUGUGGUGGCCAGCCUGGCGUUCCCGGCGCAGGUGCAAGUGGAGGAGUGUCAGCGGGUUAACCUGGACAUCACCACGCUCAUCACGUAUGUAUCGUCACUGAGCCACGGCCGCUGCCACUUCACCUUCCGCGAGCCAGUGCUGACCGAGCAGGCAGCUCAGGAGCGCCACCAGCAGGUGCUGCCGCAGCUCGAUGCCUUCAUGGAGGGCAAGGAGCUGUUUGCCUGCCGCGCUGCCGUCCAGGACUUCCAGGUCAUCCUGGAUACGCUUGGGGGGCCCGGUGAGAAGGAACGCGCUCAGAAGCUCCUCGCCCGUCUCCAGGUGGUGGAAGACCAGCCGUCGGAGCGCACGCUACGCCUUACACCCAGCGCCAAAAUCAACCAGCGCUCCCUCAUGAUUUUCGGCACCGGAGACCAGCUGAGAGCUGUCACCAUGACAGCCAACAGCCGCUUCGUUAGAGCAGCAACCAAUCAGGGGGUUCGCUACAGCGUGUUCAUUCACCAGCCCAGAGCUCUGACUGAAGGCAAAGAAUGGAGGGCCACGCCCAUCUGAGGGACAACACCCAUCUGUGGGGCCACGCCCACAAUCAGCAUGAAAGGAUUUAUGAGAGUUUAAGUUUGGAAAAGAUUUCUGUUUAAAUUGACUGAAUGCUGUUUUCUUUUUGAUGAGUCAAAGUGAAUAAACAGGAAGUGACACCUGUGGUGUGCAGGCACUUUAACAAUAAGAGUAUGAAGGAAAUCUUUAAAGACUAAAGUCAAAGAAUGAAACACUCCCUUGAGCAUGUCUUAAGAAAACUGAGAAACUCUGACUAGGCUGAGCCUGAGCUAAAAUCUGAAUUCAGAAAUGCAGACAUGGCUAAGUUCUAACCACGAUGAUUAGAUCGUGACAUAACAGACAGGAGAGGAAAUCAGUGGAGCUCUUUGUGAUAAUACACUAUACAGUGUUUUCUAAAAUAAAAUAAAUUAAAAGUGGCAGCAAAAGGUCAAGCUGAAAAACAAUUAAAUACUGAAUGCAACGUGAUGAAAUUAUACAGAGUUUUCUCUGACAGAAACGGAUGACAAAAAAGAAUCUUUCUGAAUUAGGAAUGAACAAAAAAC